GCUAGGUCCAGUUCUGAAACGGACGGCAAAAUCUUUUCACAGCGUCUUAUCACAGCAACCUCUGAAGCGUUUAACUACUUCCACCAUGGCAUCAAGGUUCUCUUCCCCGACCCUCCUCUACCAUCUUCCGUCCCUAUCAAUAUUAGCAGUGACGAUUAAGGUACUGCUUGCCUUUCCCCUGUGCAAUCGUGGGCGGUAGUGCAUCAGCCUUCCAACGGGCUCCCUUUCCUUGAUUUUGACUUCUCACCGAUCAUCGCAGUGCCGCUUACCUGAUUUACUUAAUAGUGAUAUUGGUGUACUCUCUCCAGUACUCCUCUUCCUUAUUGCUUAAAUUGUUCCAACCCUGGCCAUCCUGCAGGAACCAUCUAAGUCUAUGGGUGCUAGAACGCGUGAGCCUAUCGAUGAUGACGAUCAGGCUUCAUCUUCUCUUUCCUCUCCCAGUUCUACGACUUCUCCAUUAACUCCCGACGAGUCCCGCGCACCAUCUUCUGAACCUACGACCAAGGACACGGAGGAUGCACCUAAGGAGCCGGCGUCAGGUCCUCAACGGACGCGUUCAGCCUCUGUCGCAAGUGGGAAGGGGAGCAACACUGAUUCAAAGGAGAAGCGAAAGCGUUCAAGGGUGACACCAGAACAGCUAAUUCACUUGGAGAGAUUCUUUUCGAUGGACCGUAGUCCAACGGCGGCUAGAAGAAAGGAAAUCAGCGAGAGUCUGGGUAUGCAAGAGCGGCAGACACAGAUCUGGUUCCAGAACAGACGCGCUAAAGCGAAGCUUCAAGACGGCAAGAACAAAGGACGAGGUGGAUUGGUGGAGAUGCCGCCUGAUACUCCGCCGGAGCUUUGUGCGGGGUUUGACGCUAGCCUCCACAACCUCAUUCACGAGGACGAACCUGUCACCAUCAUUCCAUGUACGGACCUGUCGAUUGGGACGUGGAAACGGAUCGCUACGACUGUCAGUCGACACGAUCUAGUCGCAUACGUCUGUGAAACGAAACGGUGCCUGACGUGGUUCAUCCAUUCAUCUGGUUUCGGAUUCAAGAUGGAGAUAUCCUUUGAUUCGAUCGUUGAGACGAAAUUCACAAACGCAGCGCCAGGGACUGGCCUGGCCUCUUUUUUCCUUGAUCGACCACCAGUAUUCUACAUGGAGACCGUUGCUGAGGGUAUGAAUAGUGUCCCGUUGAGAGGCUGGAGACGAUGUGGUGAUUGGACAGAGGGCCUGCAGGCUACCAAAAUCCUACGCCACGAUCUGGUUGGAACCGCAGUCCAACUCGCGCAUCUCCUUCGUACCAUCAACAAUAAUACCUCCGGAAGUGAAAUUGCUCUCCAUCACCCAUCGUACGCAUCGCAUUCCUCUCCUUCUCCUGGUCUACAAUCGCCCCAGAUUGUCGGUUACGUACAACCAGCUCCAGAAAUGCACCCGACUAGCGGCACUGAAUACUACGGUUAUGAUCAACGGCGACGUUUCUCAGCGCCCGCAGUCAACCCUCGUAUUGUUGACCCCACUAACCGAUCUCCAAGUAUGCCCGUCUACCCUCCUUCCAUGCAGUCAGCCGUGCCAAUACCGGAGAGUAUGUACUCCGAUUACAGCAUGGACUCACCGAAACCCAACCGCUUCCGUCCUCCGGAACUCGACCUUACUGCCAAUUACCAUAACAUGUCUCUCUCUCGUAAUGUCGCGCGACGUGUGAGUUACGGUGGCGACGAGCCUCCACACUCGUCUGGCUCCACCACACACUCGUCGUAUAAUACCCCUUCACCGCCAUUACUCACAACACCUUAUAACCCGCCGGGCUACUGGAACAGUCCUGCACCAGGCAACAUGUCGAACAUGCGCGUCGGCAUGGCUUCACCAGCGAACCCUGCCGCACAUCGGCUCAGUUACGAUUACUCUGCGAUGGGGCGUCCUUCAGAACUCCAGUAGGAGUGUUUUUAUUAUCUUAUUCUACUUCGCAUUUCUUGGAUUUUGUCCUCUGUGGAGGGUGUAUAUUGACCGACAUACACAGGCCGACAAUGUAAUAUCUAGAAUUACCACGGACUGCCUUUAUUUACUAUCAUACUCCUUGUACAUAAAAGUAUAACAUUAGCAGGCAUUCAGGAACAUGACAGGAGAAAGCUCUUGAUUUUAUGCAGCUUGGCCCUGG